AUGCCUACUCUCGGAGGGCUCUUGAAGAAACGGCGAACGAAGGAUUCGCAGACCCUCUCCAAGGAGCUCCAGGCUGGUUCCACCACGACUGGCCACACGCCGACGUCACCAAUCGCUGCCGAAGACAAUCACCACCACCACCACCUCUUUCACCAUCAUCACCACCACGACACCCAUCAGCCCUCCAACAACUCGGCAAACUCUGCCAAUUCUGCUUCUCAGCUCGCCCACCAACAGUCCAAUCAGUCUUCAGCCAGCAAACCUGCCGACACUCAAACCGCCUCCAUGCAAUCCCCCGCACUGCAGCCCACUACUUCCGCACACUCGAAUUCCGGCCACCAGCAGCAUGGCAAUGCCGCCAGCAUACAGAACAUCAUUCACCCGUCGCAACAAAAUACCCCUCAAGUAGCUCGGACGGAGCGCACUACCAAGGGGAAAUAUACCCUCGAUGACUUCACAAUUCAGCGGACCCUUGGCACAGGGAGUUUUGGACGUGUCCACCUCGUGCAAUCGAAGCACAACCACCGCUUCUAUGCGAUCAAAGUCUUGAAGAAGGCGCAAGUUGUUAAAAUGAAGCAAAUUGAGCACACGAAUGACGAGCGACGCAUGCUCAAUCGCGUUCGGCAUCCGUUCUUGAUCACUUUGUGGGGUACAUGGCAAGACUCACGGAACCUCUAUAUGGUCAUGGACUUUGUGGAGGGCGGAGAAUUAUUUAGCUUACUUAGAAAGUCUCAGCGAUUUCCCAAUCCUGUCGCCAAGUUCUAUGCUGCCGAGGUCACCCUUGCGCUAGAAUACCUUCAUUCGUUGGACAUCAUUUAUAGAGAUCUCAAGCCAGAGAACUUGCUUCUAGAUCGUCAUGGGCACCUGAAAAUCACCGAUUUCGGGUUUGCUAAGGAGGUGCCUGAUAUCACCUGGACUCUCUGCGGGACACCCGAUUACCUUGCCCCAGAAGUCGUAGCCUCCAAAGGCUAUAAUAAAUCUGUUGAUUGGUAA